AUGGCAGAAACAGAAGGAAACAUAAGCACCUCUUUCUGGGAUGACAUUCCCAGCUACCAUGAGUAUUCCGACAACUUCUCCGAGCCGGACCCAAGAACAGUCCCCUGCACUCAAAGUGAGGUGGGCGCAUUUGCUCGCUUUUUCUGCCCAGCUGUCUUCUCCUUGGCCUUCGUGGUGGGACUAGUGGGCAACGGGUCAGUGCUGGUCAUCCUGGGCAAACACCGGUGCCCCUGGCUCUUUGCUGACUGCUUCCUCUUCCAGUUGGCCAUGGCCGACCUCCUGCUGGUCUUAAUUCUCCCUUUCCGUGCUGCACAAUUUGCCCAGAGUUGGGUCUUUGGAGAAUUCCUCUGCAAACUCCUGAGUGCCCUGUCCACCAUGAACAGCUACAGCACCAUUUUCCUCAUGGCUUGCCUUAGCGUCGAGCGCUACUUGGUGAUCGUCCGUGGCAUUCAGCUGCACCACCGCUGGAAGCUUCACCACACAUACGUGGCUUCCGCAGGGCUCUGGGUGCUGUGCUUUGGCUUGUCUGUGCCGGAGUUACACUUCCACACCGUGACUUACGGCCACGUGGCCGGAGCGUCCGUCUGCCACCUGGAUUUCAGUGCCCAGGGAGCCGGGUCGUGGCAUUUGGGUCUACGUUUCACCUCCUUCUCCCUCGGCUUCUUAUUGCCUGUACUGGUGAUGGCAUUCUGCUACUGCCAGGUCGUUGCCAGACUGUACCAGGCUCACCUCUUCUGCAAGUACUCAGCCUUGAGCCUCCUGCUGGUGAUUUUAGGCCUUUUCGUCCUCUGCUGGGCCCCUUUCCAUGGCUUCCUCCUUGUGGAUAGUUUACAGCGCCUGGGCCACCUGGAUCGGGACUGUGCCCGGGAGAAAGUGCUGGAUUUUGGGCUGCUCUUCACAGAAAGCCUGGGCAUGUUCCAUUGCUGUCUGAACCCCUUGGUGUAUGCCGUCAUAGGGGGCAAGUUCCGAAGGGAGCUUUUCAGAUUGUUCCAUUGGUGGGACCGGAGCAAAGAGCAUGAUCUGAGAACCUGCAGCCAGGAGCACAGCCAAGCCACAGAAAACAGCACCGCCCAAGGUCUAAACUACUCUGUCAUGAUAUGA